CCAAGGCAAGUGGUAAACCUUCCGAGGCGGAGGCGCUGCAGCGACGAGCUCAGAUUGUACCUGAUUGUGACGGGCGGGGAGACGUGGUGACUGGCGAGGUUGCGGUGUCGUAAGCAUGGCCCUCUCCGUGCCACUCGUGGGAGCUGCCGCCAGGUUGCGAUCAGCCGCGCCAUCAUCGCUCCCAUGUCGUCAUUCAGCGGAUUUGCCCUCAUCCCCCUUAUAGUCAAAUUUUUUCUGUGCCCAUCCAGUUCAGACCCCCUGGCUGCCUCCUUCCCGCGUUCUUGUGCAUAUUCUUGGUUCCGGAGCAUCUCGUCCGGCCGUGCCCAGGCCCUGGCCCCGUCCUCUGGGGUCGUGGGGUCAUCUCCAAUCGAGGCUGGGUGGUCAGGGGGCGCCGCUCCUUCCCCCUUGUCUGGGUGACUCCGGUGAUCUUGGAGGGCUGGGGCGCAUUGGGGUGCGAAACCCCAGUAGCCGACCCGACAAUCGCCACCAGAGCCCCGGACCCCAUCCUUCUGCGGCCUUGUACGAGCCGGAUCGAUUUGCGAGGGGCACAAGGCCAGGAACAAGGCGAAGACGCCCAAUAUGAAAAAUGUGCAUCGCCAGGGUCUCAGGGCUUUGUUGAGGCGUCCCAGGCGGCAGGAAGGGGGCCCUGGACCUCUCAGAGGGCCGCCCCUCAGCCGCCGCGGCGCCCCAGGCUGCAGAGCGCCCGCCGCGGCUGCGCUGGGGCGGCGCGGGCUGGUCGGCGUGGCCACGGUUGGGCUCACAACUCUUCCAGCAGCCGCGAGGGCUUCAGACAAGACUGGCUGGAAGCAGGACAUCCCCAGGGCAUUGACGUCUCUGCAGAGGCUGGACUGGGCAGCUAUCAGGACGGUGGGGAAGGAGCGGUCUGGCGCCGAGAGCGUUCGGUCCCUGCUGCUGACCCGGUACGACGAGGUGCUGGAGGGCACCUCGCCCGCGGGUGGAAAGAUCGGCCUCAACGUGAACGGGUGCAGGAUUACAGCGGUCAGCGACCCGAACCUCGGGUUCUUGGAGGAGGAC